AUGCAAUGUCAAGAAAAUACAGAUAGCUCCAACUUUAUUUGUGUCUUCACUGAAUAAAUAUGGAAAGAAAAAUUUCGCGUAGGAAAAAGACAUAAACGAAAGAGAAGCGAAGACUUUUGUCGGAAAAGAGAGGACUUUCGUGGAUUAUAUUGUUGCUACCUCCGAUUGAAACACACAAAUUAGGGUUUCAUUACAAGAUUGUUUGUUCAUUAGAAUCAAUCGAAAAAAUAAUAAUGGGAAAGUUUUGUUGCUUCACUUCUGAUUCCGAGGUUAUGGGAGGACAAUCAUCAUCAAGAUCAGGUAAAGGAAGAAGUGAUGAAGGGUUGAUCAAGUUUGGAUUUAGUCUAGUGAAAGGCAAAGCUAACCAUCCUAUGGAGGAUUAUCAUGUAGCUAACUUCAUCAACAUCCAAGACCAUGAACUAGGUCUAUUCGCAAUUUAUGAUGGUCACAUGGGUGAUACUGUCCCUGCCUACUUGCAGAAGCACCUCUUCUCCAGCAUCCUUAAGGAGGGAGAGUUUUGGGUAGAUCCUCAAAAGUCUAUAUUAAAAGCUUAUGAGAAGACAGACCAGGCCAUUCUUUCGAAUAGUUCUGACCUCGGUCGUGGCGGGUCUACGGCUGUUACUGCUAUAUUGAUAAACGGGAGGAAGUUGUGGAUAGCUAAUGUUGGUGAUUCACGAGCUGUUCUUUAUCGAGGAGGUAAAACAAUGCAGAUGAGCACAGAUCAUGAGCCUCGUGCCGAAAGAUCGAGCAUUGAGGAUAGAGGUGGAUUUGUAUCCAAUCUACCAGGUGAUGUUCCUAGGGUGAAUGGUCAGUUAGCUGUGUCUCGUGCCUUUGGAGACAAGGGACUUAAGACACAUCUCAGUUCAGAACCUGACAUUAAGCAUGCUAAUGUUGAUAGCCAGACAGAUAUUCUUGUCCUGGCAAGCGAUGGCAUUUGGAAGGUGAUGACAAAUGAGGAGGCAAUGGAGAUAGCUAAAAGGGUUAAAGAUCCAUUGAAGGCGGCCAAGGAACUAACAGCUGAAGCAUUAAGAAGAGAGAGUAAAGACGACAUAUCUUGUGUCGUGGUCCGGUUCAGAUGACAAACUGUGGAAUGUAGAGGGAGAUGGUUCGUUCUUAAUAUAAUAAACCCCGCAUUUUUCAAUCAAGAUUCAUUAGGACACAAAGCUUUGUUUCACUGGAUUUCGACUCUUGGACCGAUCUAAAGUUUCGACUUCUGACACAGCUUCGUGUGGCUAUAGCUUAUGUGCCUUCGUUGUUGUGUAAAUUGUGUGUUUUAUGAAGACAGAACAAAAAAAAGAGUUGGUGGGUGGACACUGGUUACUGGCGACUGGUGGGGAUUGUGUUAUAUUAUUAUUGGUUGAUUUGUUAUUAUAAAUCUUCGGAAUAUAAAAUAGUAUAUGAUUAUUAUUUAAA